UGUAUUACAGAGGGUCAAAGAAAAGCAUUAUUUGAAGACUGUGAAGACGAACGCAAAACAAACUGCGACGAUAUCUUAAAAUUAAAAAAAGAAAUAUCCCAUCUAACAAUAUCUUUGUAUGAAAAUGCGAAUGUAUCUGCACAAUACAGAAUCAAGAGACAAAAUAAAAUAUUGGAGCAAAUAAUUGGGCCAUUGGAUGACAAAACCUGUGAUCAAGUCAAAGAGUUACUAGACUUGCAAAUUAUUGACAAAUCUAAACAUAUAGAUAUUUUAAGGUUUCAAAUAAAAAAAAGAAAAAAGAAGCUGGCGGAUUUGGGAAAACAAUACAAGGCCUUAAAUACUCAGGUUGAUAAGAAAAUUCUAAAAGUUAGAGUGGAUUUACCUGUUAAAAAGUCUACAUGCGAAUUACAAAAUAACAUUCACGCUGUUGAAUUACAAAUCCGCGAAGCCACCCAUGUAAAAAAGAAAUAUUUGGAUAUUAGAAAAUCUCUGAAGGACGACGCCUCUAAAUUCGAAAGUAAUAUUAUAAAAUUAAAUGAAGAAAUAAGUACGCAAGCCAGAGAUAUAGAAAAGCUACACAAGAUCUUAGAUGAAGCUAUAAAAAUGAAAACCGCGGCGAGGACCAGGUUGUUACAAGAAGAGAAAGUAGUAGCUGCGUUUGCCAGUAGUCGUGAAAAAGAACUGAGUGAGGGACGAAAACUAGUCAACGACAAAAAGCAAGAACUGGAGAAGUUAGAGAAAAAAAUCUUCCAAGGCAAUAAGGUUGUUGCAAGGCCUGAACCGGAAGGUGCCGAAGAAGAUAAGGAUGACGAAAGACCUGAAACACCUCCCCAUCCAUGCGAAGCUUUGGCUCAAGACUUUGAAGUUCUCAAGAAGGCUACUGGAGGUAUAUCCAUUGAAGAAGUCUUGGACCGGUUCAAAACACAGAAGGACACGAACGAGAGGUUAAUGGUGUUACGUAAAAAGUCAGAAAAUGAAAAGAGGAAGUUGGAGAAACGCAAGGACAGUUUGGAAACACAACUGGAGGGUUUCAGAUAUGCAGAGGUGAAGGAUGCGGAAAGGAAAUCCAAUGAGAUUGAAAAACUGCAAAAUUUAAUAGAAAAUGAAAUUGAGAGAAUUAAAGAAUAUAAACAACAAGUUGCGGGGAAGGAAGACGGGAUUAAAAUGGUGAUAUGCGGUCUUAGAUCGAUGUACCUUUGUAUUAAGCCUGUCAGAGCUCCAAAGGAGGAUGAAAAUCCUUUAGUCAUUUUGGAGAAAAUUAAGGUGUAUGUCCAAGACAUCAUGCAAAAAAUGGAACAAAUAAAUAUAUCCCCAAAUCUUGAAAAUGCGUCGAAUAUGUUGUACGAUGUGAACGACGAUAAAUGGUUACCCACUCCUUAUACCAGUUUAGUACGUAGAACGCCUCUGCCUCAACCGGGAACAUCGCCAGCACCUGCACCUCCGCCACCCCCAGGUUCAGAAGACGAAGAUGAAGUACCAUCCAGGGCUUAUCUCAAAAGACAAGCUCAAUUGGUUGUCGAUGCAAAGACAAGAAGAAAAACACUUAAAAUAAGAAAUUAAUCAUAUUACCAAUCCAUCUAAUUGUGAAAGUUUUGUAUUCUGUAUUACUUACCUUGCACAAAUAAAAAACUUUUGUAAGAAAAUAAUUCAAAAAUA